AUGUCGUCUAAUGCAGGACAGAAUCCCCCUUCCUCCAAAGCAUUAAAUAUCUCAAAUGCCCCAGCCGCGCCUGCAGCAUUCCAUUCAACAGCUUCAAUCGACAUCAACACUCAGCGGCGUGUAGGAGGCUCUGGAAGUUUUGGAGCUGGAUCGUCUUCAAGGAAUCUGCCCACUGCACGGAACACCCAAGGUCGAAAGAAUCAACAUAAACACCAGAAGAAACCUCGGUUAUUGGAUGAUGACGAAUAUAGCGAAUCGGCCGUGAUGAAAUCAACCAAUAGCCGCAAAGGACAAACGUCCAUAACUCACUUGAUGAACUUUUCUCUCCCACCACGCCCACAAUAUCAACCACCGCCUCGCAAUACUCGGCGCUACAAUACAUGGGGAGCGGGAUCCGGGUACCAUGCCGUAGACAAGGCACGUUAUGUUCAUGCCAACUACCGAUUUAUUGUCUCCCCGGAUCGAAAUUACCAUUCUCAGGCAGCCAAUGCCGAUGUCCAUCUAGACUGGGCGUCGGUUCUUCAGGUGCUAGUGUCCGCGCAGACCCAAGCGGCCAGUUGUCCCAUUUGUCUAUCAACACCUGUGGCGCCGCGUAUGGCUCGAUGUGGCCAUAUAUUUUGUCUUCCUUGUCUCAUUCGAUAUAUGCACUCGUCAGAUGACGACAACUCAGCCCCGGAAAAACGACCUAGGUGGAAGAAAUGCCCGAUCUGCUGGGACUCUAUUUACGCUUCUGAGGUUCGUCCUGUUCGAUGGUUCCGCGGACAAGAGGGCGAUCUUCCCUUCGAAGGGGGAGAUGUUGUUCUAAGGCUAGUAAAACGAGAACCCGGUAGUACUCUUGCCCUACCCCGCGAUGGUGCUGAAACCAUUGGACGAGGGGAAGAUAUUCCCUGGUACCACGUAGCGGAGGUUGCGGAUUAUGCUCGGAUAAUGAAAGGAGGCGAAGACUACAUGAAGUCUCAAUACGAUUCCGAGGUCGAAGAUCUGCGCAGACAAGCAGUUGAGGAUGAGCUUCUGUUCGGCGACGAGAAUACAUGGACCCGAAAGGCCGUUUCCAACAUACAUGAUGCCAAGGAGAAGCUGAAGGGCAUUGGUAAUCCACCAGAUGUUCUACGCCAACUUGCAAACUCUAAGUCGGCCAACGAACCCGCAAUGGAGCCUGAGAUUAGCGCGACGGGAGCCUCAGAUUCCGUCAUUUCAUUUGCCAGUGGUGUCACUGACUCAGUGCCCGGUCCCGUCACUGAUCAUCACCAAUCCGCAGACUCCGCAUCGACGCCAGCAACUUCUGACGAAACAGAUCAACUAUCAGAGACUAUGGAUAAAACGCGGUUGAACCCAGACUUCAACUCGAAAUCGCGGCCCAAAGCCAGGGGCAAAGAGGCUCAAGGCUCUCAUCCGCCAGACGAACCAUACUACUUCUAUCAAGCCUUGCCGCAGUUCUAUCUGUCGUCUCUUGACAUUCGAAUUUUGAAAGCGGCCUUCAGCGAAUAUGCUUCUUUCCCUGCAACUAUACUGCCUCGGGUAGAACACAUUUCAACAGGUCACAUUGUUGAUGACGAACUUCGCAAGCGAGUCAAAUAUUUGGGACAUCUACCUUACGGGUGUGAGGUUAAUUUCCUUGAAUGCGACUGGCGAGAUGUGGUUGUACCGGAAGUUCUGUCGCGAUUCCGUACUGAGACUGAGCGGAGGCGAAAGCGCAAUCGCGAGAAAGAAGCCCGCGAAGAAAAAGAUCGCAUUCGUGCAGAGAAAGAAGAGGAUGAUAAACGAUGGGCCGCAGCACGCCGCAAGCGACCAAGUAUUGGAAGUGCCAGCGAAGCGCCCUUCUCUGCCCAUGACUUUCAACCGCUGGCCGGCAAUGACCCCACCCUUUUUGAUACUGGCACUUCCUCCGCCUCUCCGCCCCGCGUUUCCUCUCAAUUCGGAGCAUUGGCUUCUCCUUCUACUAGCCCCCCUGGCACCCGCACUGUUUGGGGUACAGCAGCUAUCGGCUCGCUCUCUCCGAGCUUGGAAGCUCAACACGGGGCGCCAAGUGACGGAUGGUUGAAUGGAUGGGAGGAUGAGCUGCUAGCCCAGCAAGAGUCUGAGAUAAUGGCUCUAACGGCCCCUGAUGCUCAUCCACCUACAUCUGGCCCAGCAAGUGGUGGCAAGAAAAAGAAAAAGAACAAGAUCACACUGAUGUCCACUAACAGCCACCGAGGUGCAUAA